UUUUUACUCUCUGAUGUUUGCCAUGUCCUCUCAACAUGUCUCUUCCUGCCCUCAGCAGCAUGGCAGUGCCAUUGAGACUGCUGGUUCUAUGCUGGCUGUUUGGAGCAGGGUGUAGUCAGAGCUCUCCACCAUGGUUCCAGAACAUCACUACAACUCUGUUCAACUCCUCGGGAGACAUCCUCCUCGGGGGGCUCUUCCCCAUCAAUGAUCUCACCAGCAACUUGAGCCAGAGAGUAGAGCCGGACAGCAUUAGCUGUGACAGUAUUAAUACGUUUGGUUUGGGUAUGGCCCUGGUGAUGAAGUACACAGUGGAUGAGAUCAACGCCAACUCCACCCUACUCCCUGGCAUCAGGCUGGGCUAUGAGAUCUUCGACACCUGCAAGCAGUCUGCCGUCAUCGUGAAGCCCACCCUCUUCUUUCUCACAGAGGGCUCCAGCCGAGAGCUGGCCAUCAUGUGUAACUACACGGACUACGUAACCCGUGUGGUGGCUGUCAUCGGCCCAUCCACCUCAGAGAUGGUCUCAGUCAUAGGAAAACUACUGGGAUUCUUCCUCAUGCCGCAGAUCAGCUACAGUGCCACCAGUGACAAGUUCAGUGACAAGAGUCUGUACCCAUCGUUCCUGCGCACAGUGCCCAGUGACAAGAGGCAGGUGGAGGCCAUGGUGCGUCUGAUGAACAGGUUCCAGUGGAACUGGGUGGCUGUCGUGGGCAGUGAGGAUGAGUAUGGACGUCAGGGCCAGCGCCAGUUUUCUACCCUGGCAGCAGAGAGCUCCAUCUGUGUGGCGUACGAGGGGUUAAUCCCCAUCUAUAGCGACCCACAGCCUGUGGUCAGAGAGAUGCUGGACCGCAUCACAGAGAGCAAAGUGGGUGUGGUGGUGGUGUUUUCUCUCUCCCAGCCCGCCAGAGCCUUCUUCACUGAGGUGAUCAGGAGGAAUCUGACAGGGGUCUGGGUGGCCAGCGAUGCGUGGGCCCUGAACAGUGACUUGUCAACUCUCCCAAACAUCCACACUGUGGGCACUAUCAUUGCCUUCACAGUCCACAGCCAGACCCUGGGCCUGCUCACACCCUACACCAGGGAACUCUUCUCCAGGAUCAGAGAGGAGAGGGCCAGGCAGCCCUCACCAGGUCCAGAUACAGAGCCAACCCAUAGUAUGAACCCAUGCCCAGACUGCUGGAACCUGUCCCUAGACAACAUAAGUCUAGUGACAAAGCCCAUACUGCAGAGGUCAGCUUUCAGGGUCUAUGCUGCCAUCUACAGUGUUGCACACGCACUGCACAACAUGCUCAGGUGCAAUGCUAAGAGCUGCCUGAGGGACGCUAAAAGCAAACUCUACCCCUGGCAGCUUUUGGAGGUGCUCAAGGAGGUUAACUUCAGUCUAAAUGGAAGUCAUUUUGAGUUUGACAGUAAUGGAAACCCAAACAUUGGCUACAACAUACUACAGUGGGUCUGGGGCAACAACAAUCUGAGUUUCAAAGAUGUCGGCACCUUCUAUGAGAACCUGUCAAUCAAUAACACUCUCAUCCAAUGGCAUACAUUAUGUGCUAAGGCCCCUGAGUCUACCUGUUCCUCUGAGUGUGGCCCUGGCCAGGUGCGCAGAGUGAAAGGCUUCCAUUCCUGCUGCUUUGACUGUAUUGACUGUUUACCGGGCACCUUCCAGAAUGGCAGAAUGGACAUCCAGUGUACCCAGUGUCUAGAGGGCCAGUGGUCCCUGGUACGUAGCACCAACUGCACCGAGCCUACCUUUGACUUCCUGACCUGGGGCCAGCCUGAGUCCUUGGGGCUGCUGCUGGCCAUGCUGGUGCUGCUGGCCUGUCAGGGGGCUGUGGGGGUCCUGUUCCUGCAGCACCGGGGUUCUCCGCUGGUGAGAGCCUCUGGGGGGCCCCUGGGUGGUGUGUCCCUACUCAGCAUGAUGGUAGGCUGUGCCUGCCUGCUGCUGUUCCUGGUCCAGCCAGGGGACAUGGUGUGUCGUCUGCAGCUUCCCCUCAGCUCCAUCUUCCACACGGUCACCCUGUCCACCAUCCUAGCCUUCUCACUGCAGAUUGUGUAUGUGACUGAGUUCCCUGAGAAGGCUCCGUCUCAUCUGGUUACACUGAGAGGCCCUGGAGGCUGGCUGCUGGUACUGGCCUGCUGUGGUGUGCAGGCAGGGAUCUGUGGCUAUUAUGUCCAGGAGGGGCCCUCUCUAUCCCGGUACCUGGCCAAGAUAAAGGUGACCUUUGUGAGAAAGUUCCUACGAUGCCCUGUGGAGCCCAUCUUAUGUCUGGGCCUGAUGCAGGGCUUCAAUGGCCUCCUCGCCCUCAUAUCCUUCAUGUGCACCUUCAUGGCUGUGAAGCCCAUUCGCCAAUACAACCUGGCCAGAGAUAUCACCUUCUCCACCCUGGCCUACUGCGUGGUUUGGGUGGUCUUCAUCCCCAUCUACACUGGUCUGAAUGACAAGGAACGCUCCAUUGUCCAUGUAUCUGUCAGUUUGCUCAGUAACAUGGGGCUGAUGGCGGCCUACUAUCUGCCAAAAUGUCACCUGCUGCUGAAGAAACCUGAGCUCAACACAGCAGAGCACUUCCGUACCUUCCUCGAGUGGGCUCCAGGAACUCCUCAAGAGGAACAGGACCAGGGACCUGCAGGGGAGGGACAAGUAUCAGGGGAGAGACAGGGACAGUGAAAUGUAUUCUGUUUAAUGUUUCAAUAAUAUAUACAAUUUAAUUUUGUGUGUUAUACAUUUCAUGUGCAUGUAUACUAGUUUGAUUGAGUGAUUUCAGUUAUCUUUGCAGAAAUGGUGAAUAAACGCACUGUAAAGGAGCAGGGCCGUGCACAGACCU